GCUCUGCGGGUCCAUGUGACCGGCAGCGGGGCCGGUUUAUGUAGAUGAGCCGCGGGGACGGACGGAGGGUUUGACUCCCGCAGACUCACCGGCUCUCACACACAGACAAGCUGGAAGCUGACGGCAGCGGUCACACUCACUUCGCUCUGGAUAUAUUACUGAACACAGCAGCCGCUCGGAUGUGCAAUAUGACUUUUGAAGAAACCAGUGGAGAUAAUUCAUCAGAAAGGAUGGAAUCGGUGGCCAAAGCGUUGGAGGAGGUCCUGAGCUCGGCAUUACCUCAGGGUUGCAUCACUGUUGGAGUCUAUGAGGCAGCAAAGUCACUCAAUGCGGACCCAGACAAUGUGGUGCUGUGUCUGCUGGCCACAGACGACGAGGAGGACGUGGCCCUCCAGAUUCAUUUCACCUUAAUCCAGGCGUUCUGCUGCGAGAACGACAUCAACAUCCUGCGGGUGAGCAACAUGAGGCGUCUGGCAGAAAUCCUCGGAGGGGUGAAACCUGGAGGGGAGCCCAUGGACCUGCACUGUGUUCUAGUUACUAAUCCCCAGUCGUCACUGUGGAAGGACCCGGCGCUGAACAAAGUGAACAGAUUCUGCAGAGACAGCCGCUGUUUGGAUCAGUGGGUGCCCGUGAUCAACCUGCCCGACCGAUGAAACUGCCUGGAAUAUUAAUGUAUUGUGUGCAUUGGGGGAAAAGUAACUGCACAAGGCCUGUGUUAAUGUCUGUGUUGGACUCCUUCCUUUGGAAAGUGCCCCAGAGACAGAGAGAGCGAGAGCGAGAGGAGACGGGAGGGGCAGGAAAAAAAAAAAAAGAACACCAGAAAAGAAAAAGGAGGCCAAACGUUCCAACAAAUUUACCAGGUCAGAGUGGACUCGUGGGCCAAGGAAGUGUGACUCAGCAGUCCAAGUUCCAGGAUUUCCAACGUAUGACUGCGUCUUUCUCUUCCCGAGAAAGGAAGCUUUUACAGGAAACUGAAUCAUGUGAGAGGACAAGUACACGUGGUGGUGAGCACAAGCGCUGGACUGGACCGGACUGGAGGAAAGAAAAAAAAAAAUGGCAGACAGAGAGCCUCAGUUGAUAAAGUCAGUCUCCCAAGAACUGGACCACGCUGGAGUGGACCAGGCGGAGCUCUCAGCUUAAAUGGACUCAUGAGAAUUCGACCAAACUAUUUCUUUAACAGCACAUUUAUUUAAUAGUAUUUAAAGAUGUGUCACUUUGAUAACACAAAAGGGAAAGUUUUCACAGUUUAUUAUAUUAUUAUUAUUAUAUUAUUUUUAUUUUAAGGGCAAUGCAAUGUUCAGACUUGUCCACUAACUGAUGUUUUUAUGUGUUUUAUUAAUUUAAGGAAUUAUAUUUAUUGUGCAUAGUUCAUGGAAUUCUGCCUUGUUAAGUUGAAUGAAAUAAAGCAAAGCGACAGCUCA